CCUAAAUUUCCUUUCAGUUACGCAAAGAUGUGGUUCCAAAGACAGCAGAAAAUUUCCGUGUCCUAUGUACGGGUAAAAAAGGUUAUGGAUUCAAAGGUUGCACUUUCCAUCGUGUCAUACCGAAUUUUAUGUGUCAAGGUGGCGACUUUACAAAGAACGAUGGUACCGGGGGCAAAUCAAUCUAUGGCACUACAUUUAAGGAUGAGAAUUUUAAACUAAAACAUACUGGUCCCGGCAUUCUAUCCAUGGCCAAUGCAGGUCCUAAUACUAAUGGUUCGCAAUUUUUCAUUUGCACCGUAAAAACACCUUGGCUAGAUGGACUACAUGUAGUGUUUGGUCAAGUUAUACAAGGUAUGGAUGUUGUUAAGAAAAUCGAAUCUUAUGGUUGUCCCGAAGGACGUCCCAUGAAACAUAUUGUUAUUGAGGAUUGUGGUGAAUUGAAAUAGAUUAAGUUGUUAUGGUGGUAAUUACUGAAAAUGAAAAUAGUUAUAGUUGUUGCAAAAAAUGGGCCAUAAUUGCAGGAAUUUUAAUUUUGAAUAAAAAUUUCUACACAGAAAAAAUUAUUUUUAAAAAAUUUUCAAUUAAACGAUUAAUCAAAAAUUUUAAAAGGGUUCAAUUCAUUUUGUAUUUGAUUCAUAAAAAUGUAU